UUAUUUAUUUUUAAAUCAAACAUAAAAAAAAAGUUUUAUAAUUUACACGCUUCCCGAUUCAAAACAACUAUUAAUAAUGUUCUCUAAAAGCAUCUGUAACAAUUUCAAUCUCAAUUUUCUAAUCCGAACAACAAAGAUAGAUAGAUAGAUAAAAAUGAAAAUCGAAGAUAAUCUUCCUUAGGGUUUUAUACGACCCGCGCCAAGUUCCUCCUCUCGGAUCCUGACCCGAACCCGCAUUUUCCUCGGUUCCGAUCUGGCUCCUCGACAAUGGCGUCGGGAGCUUCGCCUUCUUCUUCCGCCACCAGAUCGGACCCGCACAAGCACUCUACGGCGGAGAAGAGAGCUCCAGCGUCUAAGGAAGUUUCAGCAGUGAUAGAUUCGCUUAAGAAGAAGCUCGCAGCUGAUCGGUGUAUCUCAAUUAAGAGAAGGAUUGAUGAGAACAAGAAGAAUGUGCGUGGCAUCACUCAAUCCACUAUGAGGUCGUGUAUGGAGAGAGGAGGCGGUAGCUAUAAAGACGGUAGCGAUCUCUUGGUUAAGAGGCAAAGAGAUUCGCCUGGUAUGAAAAGCGGAGUCAAUGCGAGUGAUGCUGAUAAGAGCAACAACCAUAGCAGCUUCUUAGAAGAUGGGAAUGCUAGUUCAACAACCAUGGUUCAAGGGUCUAGUGUCCCUGUUAAGAUUUCCUUGCGGCCGAUCAAAAUGCCUGAUGUUAAACGUUUGUCGCCUUAUACCACAUGGGUUUUUCUGGAUAGGAAUCAAAGAAUGACUGAAGACCAGUCUGUUGUGGGUCGGAGGAGAAUCUAUUAUGACCAAACCGGCGGGGAAGCACUCAUUUGCAGUGAUAGUGAAGAGGAGGCUAUUGACGAGGAAGAUGAAAAAAGAGCUUUUCUGGAGCCUGAAGAUUUUAUUAUUCGCAUGACCCUUGACCAACUAGGUCUUUCAGACUCUGUCUUGGAGGAACUAGCAAAUUUCUUGUCCAGAAGCUCUAGUGAAAUAAAGGCAAGAUAUGAAGUGCUUAUGAAGGAAAAAGAAGUUUCAGAGAGUGGCGAUAAUCAAGCAGAGAGUUCUCUUCUUAACAAAGAUAUGGAUGGAGCUUUGGAUUCUUUCGACAACCUGUUCUGCCGUCGAUGCCUUGUGUUUGAUUGCCGGCUGCACGGGUGUUCGCAGGAUCUUAUAUUUCCUGCUGAGAAACCAGCUCCAUGGACUCCUCCUGUGGAUGAAAAUCUAACCUGUGGCGCUAACUGCUAUAAAACGCUUCUCAAAUCUAAUAGAAUCCCAGCUAAUGGCACCACCGAAGAUAAAACUGGCACUUCAUCAGAUGGUGCGGGUACUAAAACCACAUCCAAGUUCUCCGGCAAACUUAAUAGGAAAAAAACAAAAACCUUCCCUAGCGAAAGCGCGUCGUCUAAUGAAAAAUGCACGCCAGAAACAAGUGACUCAGAGAACGGCGUUCAGCAGGAUACCAAUCCUGAGAAAGUUUCAUCGACAUCAAAGGUGAAAGCUAGUGGGAGACGUGGAGGUCGUAAGAGGAACAACAACCGAGUUGCUGAGCGAGUUUCUCGUAGGACUCAAAAGAGGCAAAAGAAGUCAGAAGCUUCCGAUACUGAUUCCAUCGCCACUGGGAGUCGUUCAGCAAGCGAUGCAAAACAUAAAGAUAAUGAAGAUGCUACAUCCUCUUCUCAGAAGCAUGUAAAAUCUGGGAGCUCUAAGAAUUCAAGAAAGAAUGACACUCCUGUAGAUGACUCCAAGAAUUCUGUGAAGGGUGACGAUCCUGUUUCUCAGUUAAAUGCUGUUGCAUCUGAACCGUGUAGCGAUGGAAGUUUAAGGAAAGAAGAGUUUGUGGGUGAAAAUGUAUGUCCAGGAGGACUGUCUGAAGAUAAAUCGUGGAGACCACUUGAGAAAAGCCUGUUCCAAAAAGGUGUUGAGAUUUUUGGAAUGAAUAGCUGCAUGAUUGCUAGGAACCUUCUGUGUGGUCUCAAGUCGUGUUGGGAGGUCUUCCAAUACAUGACUUGCUCGGAGAACAAAGCUUCCUUCUUCGGAGGUGAUGCAUUGAAUCCCGACGGCUCUUCCAAGUUUGAUAUCAAUGGAAAUAUGACUAAUAACCAAGUGCGAAGAAGGUCAAGAUUUCUACGUAGAAGAGGCAAAGUGCGCCGCUUGAAGUAUACUUGGAAGUCUGCUGCAUAUCAUUCAAUUAGGAAAAGAAGUACCGAUAAGAAAGACCAGCCGUGCCGUCAAUUUAAUCCAUGCAACUGCAAAACUGCUUGCGGGAAGGAAUGUACUUGUUUGCUAAACGGGACUUGCUGCGAGAAGUACUGCGGUUGCCCAAAGAGCUGCAAGAACAGGUUUAGAGGUUGUCAUUGUGCCAAAAGCCAGUGUCGGAGCCGUCAAUGUCCGUGCUUUGCUGCAGAUCGGGAAUGUGAUCCUGAUGUUUGUAGGAAUUGCUGGGUCAUUGGUGGGGAUGGUACGCUUGGGGUCCCUAGCCAAAGAGGCGAUAAUUAUGAGUGCAGGAAUAUGAAAUUACUCCUGAAACAACAACAAAGGGUUUUACUUGGAAUAUCUGAUGUAUCUGGUUGGGGAGCUUUCCUAAAGAACAGUGUAAGUAAACACGAAUAUCUCGGGGAAUACACAGGAGAGCUGAUAUCACAUAAAGAAGCAGAUAAACGAGGGAAGAUAUAUGAUCGCGAGAAUUCCUCUUUUCUCUUUAAUCUAAAUGAUCAGUUUGUGCUAGAUGCUUAUAGGAAAGGAGACAAACUGAAGUUCGCCAAUCAUUCCCCUGAACCUAACUGUUACGCAAAGGUCAUUAUGGUUGCUGGAGAUCAUAGAGUGGGUAUUUUUGCAAAGGAGAGGAUAUUGGCUGGAGAAGAACUGUUUUAUGAUUACAGGUAUGAGCCAGAUCGAGCUCCUGCUUGGGCCAGAAAACCUGAAGCUUCAGGUUCUAAGAAAGAUGAGAAUGUUACACCUUCUGUUGGUAGACCCAAGAAGGUUGCUUAGUCGCAGGCUUGCAGCAACCAACAUUAAAUCGACACAGAAAAAAAAACACCAUUAAUCUUUAUUAUCUACUCUUGGAAGAACACUUACAAAUCCAUACAUUUUGCUGAGCCUAAAGAAAAGCUUUUUCCCGUCGGAUUUUCAAUUCCUUCUUUCAUUUUAUGACAUGAUGCUUCAAUUUUAAUUUUUUUUUAUAUUUUGGCAUUGCUUAGGUUGCAAGAAUUUUGAAGUGUUAUACAUUUCUGGAUUAUCA